AUGGACGGUGAGCGAUUUCUCUACGUCUCUGAUGACGAGAAGCCUGACCUGACAAGCAUGGAAGAGACUAAUGGAGCAGUGUUGGCAGGUGGCAAUGAACAAGAUGAUCGUCUGAAUCAACUGAAACAACCUAGCUAUGUCUCUGUCUGUCAAGAUCAUUCCAGCUACGCGUCGGACAACGAGGAUCGUCGUGCGAUGAAUUGGAUCAAGGGUGCGAAAGAAGGGCUUGUCGUGGCGGGUGGUAGAGGGGUAUGGAAUGCCACCCAAUUGUGA